GAAAUUGGCAGUUUGGCACAACACAAUCCGCCAUUUCCCCAAUUUUCUCAAAGUUGGGCUUGUUAGGAUGUUCAAAAUCCUUCAUACAAUCCCUUUCUCCUGCCUCCGAUCUCCUUUCCGGUACUCGACUACCUCCUUUUCAUCAUCAUCAUCACCAAAAAUCACAGCAACUCCAUCAACACGUUUCAUCGUGGACUACCUCAUCGAUUCUCUUGGAUUCCAUGAAGAUGAAGCCGUUGCUGUUUCUUCCAAGGUACCUCAUCUGAAAUCCACUGCUAAUUCUGAUUUAGUUGUUAAUCUCUUCAAAGAUUAUGGUUUAGACGAUGUCCAGAUCCGAAACAUCGUCUCUGCCGCGCCCAGAACCCUAACACUUAGACCAAGCAAAACCCUAGAACCCAAAUUAAGGGUUUUCAGGGAACUAGGAUUACCCGGGGCGGAUCUAGUGAAGCUGGUUAAGAGAAAUACGUAUAUUUUUAGAAAGGGUUUACAUACUCAGCUCAUUCCUACUGUUGAUUAUCUUAGAAAAUUAUUGGGUUGUGAUGAAAAAGUGGUUCAAAUGAUUAAUAGAUCAAGAUGGGUGCUUUUACCAAGUAAGACUCUUAGCAGAAUAUCCGCAAAUAUAUCUUUGCUGCAGAAAUAUGGUUUAUGUGAGGAGAAAAUCCUCAAGUUCUUGGUCACUAAUCCUCAGUAUAUGAAGCAGGCACCUGACUUUUUCGAAAGUAAGCUGCAAUAUGUUGAAGGAAAAUUGGGUAUUUCUCGUGAUUCAUCAAACUUCAUUCAUGGAUUGGCUGCUGCUUUAUAUCGUAGUGAAUCAGAUAUAGAGAAUAACGUACAAAUCUUUCGUAGCUUUGGUUGGUCCAAUUUAGAAAUAGCUACCUUGUUCAAGGCUCAACCUUACUGUUUGAGCAAGUCAGAAGCUUACAUUAGUGAUAAGUUGAACUUUUUCAUGAAGGAACUCAAGUAUACCCCUUGUUACUUGAUGGGUCGCACUUCUUUCUGGACAUUGAGUUUAGAGAAACGGAUUAAACCGAGGAAUGAAGUCCUCAAAAUCUUGAAAGAGAAGGAGAAGCAGAACAAACUUUUCAUCCAAAAACUAAUAAACAGCUGCCAGAUUGAGGUUUGGAGCAGCCUUCAAGUGGCUGGAGUUGGGCUUUGAGUGCUGAUCUAAAACGGAGGAAUUCCGAACGCAAAGUUGGAUCUGCAACAUCAAAAUACUUGGUUUCACAUAAGGUUAGUUUCUUGUUUAGAAAAAAAACCGAUAGAUCAAAGAAGGCAUUAUGUUAGUUUCUUGGUUAGUUGGUAAGUUAUCUUUUGUUGUCGCAUCUGCUCCACAUAUAUCUUUGGUUUGUUUCUACUUUUUUAACAAAUGAUAUGAAUAUGCUAUAAAAUGAUUUUG